AUGUCGCUGUGCAUGAAGUCGGCCCAAAGUCUCCCGAGAGCGAGAGCAUCUCCACUCGCUUGGACGAACCUUACCACGCGAUGGGAUACACGAGUACCGGGUUUGCUGCACUCAUCAGCCAUUGCAUCACCUUCAAGAGGAGGAUUCAGAUGGAAAAGCUCGUAUGCUCCAACUGGCGAAUCGCCGGGCAAGAAAUUUGUUGCGGGAGGGGGAGAGAAAAGAGGUGUCAGUGGAUGGACGACUCUCAGUGUGUUGGCGCUGAUGGCUGCUUCUGCUGCCGGUGCAGGCUUGGCUGUUGGUUGGAAGAGUGAAGGGAGGAAGGAUAGGGAGAGAGAUUAUUCCAAUGCUGGGAAGUUUAUAAGGCCCGCCUACGCGAGUCUCAGUGACAUGGAGUCUGCCAUUAAAGAAAUCCGCCAAGCUACAGGUAACCAAGACACCAUAUCCACUGACCCUGAAGAUCUGAAAGCACACGGCUAUUCCGAAUGGUCCUCGACCAAUAUCGAUAGCCUCCCCGUUGCCGUCGCCUAUCCUCAGAACACCUCUGAAGUUUCCAAAAUUGCCAAAAUAUGUUCAAAAUACCGCCUUCCCAUCAUCCCUUUCUCUGGCGGCUCAUCACUAGAGGGUAAUUUUUCAGCUCCAUACGGAGGAGUCAGUGUCGAUUUCGCGUACAUGGACCAGAUCCUGCAAUUCCACGAGGAAGACAUGGAUAUCGUUGUUCAGCCGAGUGUAAGCUGGAUGGAACUGAAUGAGGAAUUGGCCAGAAGACAGUCUGAGUUGUUCUUCCCCGUCGAUCCUGGACCAAGUGCUAAGAUUGGGGGCAUGGUUGGGACGAACUGCUCGGGUACAAAUGCGGUGAGGUAUGGGACGAUGAAGGAUUGGGUCAUCAAUCUUACCGUUGUGUUGUCCGAUGGGACGGUAAUCAAGACGAAGAGGAGGCCGAGGAAAACUUCGGCAGGUUACAAUCUGAACUCGCUGUUUGUGGGAUCCGAAGGGACACUAGGAUUGGUGACAGAGAUCACUCUCAAGCUGGCAGUAGUCCCACAAGAAUUCUCAGUCGCUGUCGUCACAUUCCCCUCUAUUCGCGACGCCGCGGCAGCCGCCGCAAGUGUUAUGCGAGCCGGCGUACAAGUUGCCGCCAUGGAAAUCAUGGACGAAGUCCAAAUGCGCGUUGUCAACCUCUCAGGCUCCACAGCCCCUCGUAAAUGGAAAGAGCUACCUACCCUAUUCUUCAAGUUCAGCGGUACCAAAGCUUCUGUCAAGGAAAACAUCUCUAUGGUCUCAGCCAUUGCGAAAGUCCACCGAGGCGGCGAUUUCGAAUUUGCGAAGGAUGCUAAAGAACAAAAACUGCUGUGGUCUGCGAGGAAGGAAAGUCUUUGGAGUAUGCUUGCGCUAAGGAAGGAAGGUAAUGAGGUUUGGUCAACUGAUGUUGCCGUGCCGUUUUCGAGACUGGCUGAUAUCAUCGAGAUCAGUAAGAGCGAGAUGGAUGACUUGGGGUUGUUUGCGAGUAUUUUGGGACAUGUUGGGGAUGGCAACUUUCAUGAGAGUAUCAUGUACGAUUCAAGGGUGCCGGGAGAGAAGAAAAAAGUCGAGCAGUGUGUGAAGAACAUGGUGAGGAGGGCGUUGGAUAUGGAGGGUACUUGCACUGGAGAACAUGGUAUUGGAAUCGGGAAGAAAGAAGCUCUUCUAAUGGAAGUCGGUAGAGACACGCUUGGUGUGAUGAAAUCCAUCAAGCAAGCUCUCGAUCCAUACUGGAUCAUGAAUCCAGGCAAGAUCGUGGACCUUCCUCUGUAA